AUUGAAUUAAAACUAUGAGCAUCCAUAAUAUGUCUUACACAUGAAGCGAUUCCUAUGAGCCUGUCCUUAGGAAGAAGAGGCUCCAUGAGAAAAAAGCCAAGAAACAGUCCACUAACUGUAACUCCAGGAUGCAGAUCCUCAAAAUAGCUGACAAGAUCAAGCAGAGAAUUUAGCAGCACUAAAAAGUCGACUAAAUUACACCAGACCCAGCGGAUGACGCCAUACAAGGAAGAUAGUGAAGAGGAUAGCCCCAUAUCCUACCAGCUCAGUGCUGAAAAAGAGCCCAGAUUAAGAAACUCCCGGAAUAAACCUAGCCUUGCACACAAAAGCGGAGUGAACAAUAGUCUUCGGAACAAUUUCCUUAGGAAUUCAUACAGGAUCAACCAGACCUCUGCAGCUUGUACUAAAAAGAAGAGGAACUUAAACACAAGUACUAGUUCAGAAGUCCUUCAGGCUUCGCCAUAUAAGAAUAUUCCUUCUAGAAGGAACUUCAACAGCACAUUAAAGUCAAGCCUUCUUAGCUUCGAAGCAGAUGAAGAAAUUCCUGAAGAAAGGGAAUUCGUCAUCCCUGAGGAAAGAGUUUUUGAAGAAGAGGAAGAACCAGUCCCUAUGAAAUUGCCUAAACAGUACCAACACAAGUUGAAUCACAGUUUGUCAUCUCUAGUGGAGCCAAAAUUGAACAGAGUUCCAAAGACAAAGUCUAUAAAAUAAGCCAUUGGGGAUGAACUCGACAUCAAGUUUUGCACAGUCGAUCUCCAAGCCAUACACCAGGACCAAGGUAGAGAAGCUAAAGAAAACGACCCACUCCUUCUUGAAAGUAAAGACUGAGAAACUAGAAGUUACGAAAAAUAUCGAAAUUUCGCAUAAAAAGCCAUUUAAAUACGUAGAGACUACCAAGCAUGUGAAGAGGUCUGUGAAUAGCGCUUUAGGUGAUAACUACACUCCCUCCACUUACAAAGUGAACAAGAAAAGUUAUUACUCGAGUUCUUCAGGUAAUGCAAACAAAUUGAAGAUAGUCUCCCUCUCUGAUGCCAGAAAGAAGCGACAGCUACAGCAUAAUCACAGUGGGGUGAAUUUGACUCAUCUAAAUACCACUGAAUCAGAUGAAAAUGUCAGCUUUGAGAUUUUCUCAGAGCCUAAGACCACCAGAUCUAAGAUCAGCCUGAAAGGCUUCAGAGAUAGUCGGAACCAGCACAAGAUGGCUAAACAGAAGUUAGGUUGUGAAGUAAAGCACUCCUAUUCUUCAUCCUUGUUCGAGUACCAGUAA